UGGCCAUGCCUAUCCCUUUCAGAGACAGCAGCCUCGUGAGUGCAAAUUCUUUGCCUCCCAAUCGGAUAAGAAGAUGAAGAUGAGUAAAGGUCAGAGAAGGCCCAUAUCACCAUCCUCCUACAAAACCCAUCACCCCAUUUCAGACAUUUCUUUGGAGACUUUCAGAAUACACACACUUCAACCUUUUUUCGACCCAAAAAGAGGAAAUAGACUUUGCUUUUUUAUUUUGUUUGAUUUUUUUGACGACUUGGGUCACUAAUAUUGGUAGCCGCGAAUUCUGGGCGAGUAUCAAAAGAUUCAACCUUGGAGUUGGAGGUGGACACCGGAAAGCGAUUUUGUUUUUUCGAGAAGUCAAUCUCUUUUGCUGAGAUUGUGGAUGGAAUUGAAACAAUUACUUGGUUUCUUAUGCCAGUCUGAGUUCACCUUGUAUAGUUCAUACUACAAUGACAUCGCCAUUUUAGUCAAUAUUGAGGGAUUUGAGUAAGGAUCACCCUCCUUAACAAUGGAUGGUUUGAAUGGAAGAGCGAACAAUGGGGAUGUUGCCAAUCCUGACCUCCAGAUUAUUAGAUACUCACCUUACCAGCCCUGCAGUAAAUUAGCUUCAUCCUGGUUUGAUCUGAGAGUCUUCUAUGUGAGGGUUAGCAACUUUAAGGUCGAUGAUUCAACCCCAAAGCAUCUUACUCUCAACCACAUUCCUCUAUUCCCAGAUACCCUUUUGGAAAUCAAUGGUGCUAAAAGUAGCAUUUUUUCCGAAGGUGUCUCUUCACAUCUUAGAAGGGAUCGGGUCGAUAAGAAAUCUGAAGAAGCCACAUUUGUGAAUACAGACAGCAUAAGGCUGACGGGAAGUGCAAAAUUUGAGGUGUUUGACAAAGAAGAUCUCAUCCUGUCUGGGGUGUUAGAUAUGUCUAAUAGCAAUGGUUUCACUGGUGAAUCAAAAAGCAAUGCCAAGCGAUGGAGCAUGAAUUGUGAAUCAGAGAUUACCGCUGGCACUGGAUUUUUGAAGGGGAAACAACUUGGUGGCGCUGAAUUACCUGCACCAACCAUUGAGGUUUACAUCACAGGCUGCUUCUCUGGGACACCAAUCAUCUUAACCAAGACCCUGCAGCUUAAUUUCCGGAAGAAACAUAGUAGGAUGAGCACGCUGGAUGCGAUCCCCGAGUACGAGACAACUGAAUGCCAGAAAGAUGUCUCUCCUGGGCUUGCUAUGGAGGUAGCAGAAUACGGAAACUACAAGCCAGAGAAUGAGGAAGAGUACAGCAACCUGUACUGGAGGAGGACAGAAUAUAUGGAUGGGGAAGAUGGCGAGCUCUCAUGGUUCAACGCUGGUGUGAGAGUUGGCGUCGGUAUUGGACUCGGCGUUUGUCUCGGAAUUGGUAUCGGGGUCGGUUUGCUGGUCCGUACUUACCAAACGACCACUCGAACUUUCAAGAGGCGGCUGGUGUGAUUCCUUUAAUCUGGGCAUACCGAAUUCCAAAGGCAGCUAAGUUCGUCUAUGUCUGACAUGCAUCGUGAACUACAGAUUUUGACUUAGCACUGUUUGUGUAGCUGACAGUUAUUUGUUUUUGUAUUUUCUCUUUAAUUUUCUCCAUAAACGCUUGAUGAGAGGUUUGUUUAGAAGGGAAGGGUAUGAUAGAUAUCUAGUUCCUGGGUAAUGGAAAGGGAUAACAGUCUUUUAUUUGGCCGCCAAUGUAUAUACCUUGUCUAAAGAUUGUAUUUCGUUGUAAAUAAGAUCUCUUUCUCCAAAGCUAGUAAAGGCAAAGCUAUAUUGUUUCA